UUUCUUGUAGAUUUGUCCAAUCAGGGAUCUCGGAGCUGGAAGCAAUAAAAAUCAGCAUCUCCCUUUUUGCUCCGCACCCGAAUCAAGAUGCCUGCUCUCGUGCUGCCAGAGAAGUUCCAGCACAUCUUGCGUGUGCUCAACACCAACAUUGAUGGACGAAGGAAGAUAAUGUAUGCCCUCACAGCCAUCAAGGGUGUGGGAAGGCGAUAUGCCAACAUAUGCUGUCGCAAGGCCGAUAUUGACCUGACAAAGAGGGCAGGAGAACUUUCUGAUGAUGAGGUGGAGAAGCUGAUGACCAUCCUCCAGAACCCCCGCCAGUACAAGAUACCCGACUGGUUCCUCAACAGGCAGAAGGACGUCAAGGAUGGCAAGUACGGCCAGAUGAUGGCCAACAACCUGGACAACAAGCUCCGUGAGGAUCUGGAGCGCCUCAAGAAGAUCAGGGCUCACCGUGGGCUCAGGCAUUACUGGGGUCUACGUGUGAGGGGACAGCAUACCAAGACCACUGGCAGGAGAGGAAGGACUGUUGGUGUGUCCAAGAAGAAGUAAAAUGGGACCAGAGCAGUUAUUAUGUAUUGUCUACAAUGGACUCUUUGUAAAAUAAAGAUCAAAUAACAAAGAGGAAA